UUUUUCUCACUUUUUCUUGCUAGUUUUUUCUUACAGGUUCUUGUGAUUGAAGACAACUGCUGUUUCUGCAAUACUGCGGCUUUUACAUUAUCAAAUGAGCAGAGGAAUAUUGACCUAUUCUUCGUUUCCUUUCGAAAUAAGCUUUACGAGGUCCCUUUUGUGGUGCUAGCAGAUCAUGAAACUCAUAGUAUUGUAAUCACCAUACGCGGAUCAUGCUCAUUAAUGGAUCUCGUCACGGAUCUAUGCCUAGAUGACGAAGUGUUGUCGAUAGAUGUUGAUGCUGACCCACUGUUGCGUACGGAUACCACCCUAGAUGCAGAGGGUGAAGUUCGAGUUCACCGUGGUAUGUUGAUGAGCGCGCGUUACGUUUUUGAUACGCUUAGGAAACAUCAGGUUAUUGAGGAUCUCGCUGUUUUAAACACGGGUUAUCAACUGGUUGUCUGUGGUCAUUCAUUGGGUGCAGGAGUAGCAUCACUUUUGACUCUGCUAUUGAAACAAUAUUAUCCGAACGUAAGGUGCUUUGCAUUCGCGCCGCCGGGCUGCGUCAUCACCGAAAACGGCUUACAUGAGCUGGAACAGCAUGUGAUGGGUAUAGUUGCAGGAGACGAUGUUGUUUCUAGGAUCUCAUUUCAUGUAAGUUUUCUGACAACUCGAUCAACUUCACCUUUCUAAAA